AACAGUCAGCCAGGCUGGACUUUCCAAGGUGUUUCAAAGCGUCAGCGCUACUUAAACUAGCCCAAAAAGGAAACGGCUGGAAUCUAAUUUAAUUAGUUCGAUCAAAACUAGCGAGUCAAUUAAGGACUGGUUGUAAUAGUUUCAGUUUCGCGGAGUUUCUUGAUGACUUUCUAACGUAACAAAAAUCGUUGUUCGUUCGUGUUUCUAAGUUUAACUUAGGUUUACAAAAUUUAAGAACAGAGGAAAAUUAAAGAAAAGUAAUGCGACACAAAAAAAAAAGGUGAAAGAAGUUUGAAGAUAGAGGGAAAUCCGAUUCCACUAGGGUGUCACUGGUUUAAAUACCCCUGGGGCAGUGGCCACUGCAGGGCGGAGAAUUUAGUUGAACCAGUGGUGAAGAGUUCCACCUCUUCAGAUCAGGAAUCAAACUAUUUGAUUUGGAUCACUCCUAAAUCUGGGAUAACUAAGCUUUCCUCUUUUCAUCAAGCUCAAAGUUCCAUCACACCAUAACACAAUAAACAUGUAAUGAUCACUUUGACACUCAAAUAAGCAGAAAGGUCAGAAUGGUUAAACAGCAAUAUUAAAUGCAUAGAACAUUAAGGUCUUAUACAUGGUCCCUUACAAAGCUGUAACAAAUUAAAUGUUAUUCAUGAUGACUGGUCUUGUCUUAUGUAACACCCAGUAAACACUAAACAUACACGAAUAAUACAUACAAGCAAAAUCAAAUUAUAAAUGACCUCAUCUGGACAUUACUAAUUAAACAAUUGUAACACUUAAAAAUGUGAUACAAUAAUGAGGAUACCUAAUUGUAGCUGGUGGAAAUAGUGUAUAUAUGUGUAUGUUGCACAGAUUAAAAGAAGUAAAGAAGGUGAGUCUCUCUAUUUCAACUUUGUGCAUUCACACAAAGGAAAGCAUGGUGAUGAGUUGAAGUCCCUUUGUAACUUUAGGAAUUUGCUGGCAAAUCUGUAGAUCAGGCAUUAAACGUCGCACAGAAACCAAUCUAAUAUCAAAUGAAAACUUGUUGUCCACAGAAUACAAUGACAUCUGUUUCAUGGAGGUUGAAAGCUCUGGUGCGUCUGAACCAAAUGAAGUCUCUCGUUCUCUUUGAUGAGCACAUUCCACAUUUUAUGGCUGGUGGUCCCAGUUCUGGGAGAGACAGCUUCUUGGUGAUAAAUGUGACAGCCUCUCCUUUUGGCAUGAUAAGCAGAUGUAGAAUCCUGAGGGAUUUACAGAUAGAUCAACAAAGUGGACUCAUGGUUCUUUGAUAUGGACAUUUGAGAUGUUGGCAUCAAUUGGUGCCUGUGGUGAUAGAAGCCAGUCUCCUGUUGUGGAGAAAGGUUCAGGGUCCCUUAUCUCUGGGGACUAAAGGGACGUAGGGGCUCUUCAAAGGAGGGAGUUAAGUUCACAUGUAGGUCAGGUUACCUCAGUCCAGACGUGGAUUGCUACAUUUAUCAGGGGGUUUCUCGCGAGAGUACCCCGCGUCCGCAUCGGCCGGCUCUGCCUCCUUUGGCAGAGACAGCACAAUCUCGCGGGAGGCGGCCCUCUUUUGCUUUUCCAAAUUAAGGUAGCGAUGUUACAGGAGAGUUUAUUUUUUAAUCUUUUAGUCAGGGGCUCACCAGCUGACCCAGGCUCGGUAGCGCAGCCGUGAGUAGCGGAAACAGAAACCCACCUUUUUGAAUAAGUGUUCUCUUUUUUGCUAGAGCUGUCCGUUUAUCAGCCAGGAUUCUGAGGCUGCAUCGCUGUUGUUUCAGCUUGUUGCACUGAUUGCUGGACAGUGCGAUGUUACCUUUCAAGAAGGUUAAACGCCAGCUCGCAGAUGGUUUUAACUAGAUCGGGUGAGCAGGCGGCCAAUAGCGCUCGGCGUUGCCUCGGUGGGCUGGAAACCAGUACUUUUAUGAGGGGGAGGACAUGGUGCCUCCUUCCGGGUAGAUAGACGCAGGCACGCUCGCCUACCGCUAUGCCUUCUGCCCCGGAAAUAUCUGCUGAGCCAGCGUUGCCGUUUGCAGUUUAUCGCGGGGAAUUUUAAAUAAAAUAAUGUGCGUGCUGUUUAGACUCAGCGUUCGCCCCUGUUUACCCUUUUGAAAAACAUUUUGAGUUAAAAACAUAACGAACAUGUUUCGAUGAUGUAUUGGGUAAAGAUUUUAACCACUUCAGGGUGCUCCAGAGCUUGAAACAACACAUCGUCCAAAAUGAAGACUCUGCCCUCGCGGAAACAGCGUCAUUGUUGAAAGAGUCAGGCAGUCCUUCCACAAAUUUUAUUCCUUUAUUCAUCCUCUGCAAUUCCUCGUACAUGGGUUGAAAAGACGUAUAUAUCCACACAAUGUUAUCAGGCACAUCAACGGUUACAUGUUUACAGUUUUCCAAAAACCUUUUUACAAAAAAUGUUUUACCCGCGCCACAAGGGCACGCUAUAAGACAGGAGAACGGGGCUUUCAGCCCCGGGACAAAUCCUUCCUCCACCUCUUGCAUAGCACUAAUAGCCAAAAGGAACGCUGGACCCUCCGGGAAGCGGCCGGCGCUUGUCAAACACCACUCUGAAUUUCUUGUCGACUGAUACGUUUUUUUUAAAUCAAAGGUCUUUUUGUCGCGGGCAAUGUUGUAUUGAGGAGACGUCAGGAUCCUGCUCUUGCCCAUUUCAAUAUAGUUCUCCACCAGGUUUUUAACAGAGUCGAAAUUGAUGCUCUUACAACACUCUGUUGUCUGUGUGAUGCCCUUGACUUUAACCGUCACUCUGCCUCCUCGUGUUUGAUACCCGUAGCUUUUAGGGCCUGCAGAGACAAACUCUCCGCAGGAGUCAGACUUUAGCUCAUCCAUCAAAUCCCCCAGGUAAUUACCCAGAGGGAGCUUGGCUUUGCCGGGUUUUGAACAGUAGAUUACGCUAUCGGUGUCAUAAUACAGAACGCACCUCUCAAGCUGCUCCAGGCAGCUGUACAAUUUCACUCAGGCGUAACAGAUGGUCAAAGCGGCGACAAAUAUGUUGUCUGACCGAUUGGGACGAGCUACAACCCGCUCGCUGCUACAGUGUUGAAUCAACGCCACCCUGUUGUUUAAAAAAGAAAAACAACAAGAACAGCACGAGAAAUUCAACAAGGCGGCGCGACACCGGUAGUAAACAACAGCGCGACAAACUAUCCGCCAAUUUAAAUAAAUAACUACCUUAUUUUACGGAAAAUAAUCAACCACCCUACCAUUCUGGAUAACACCGAAGAAAGUUUCGAGUACAUCGACGAGUGCUUCGAGCGUCUGGUAAUGGGGAAAAAGGAGACGGCUCCAAACAAGCGUUCCCGUCCGUCUGACUCACCUGAGUCACCUGGAGCUAGCUCGGCGGAUAAAAACAUCACGGACAUCCUGGAGUCAAUCAAGAAAAAAAUAUCAAGUUUCGACGCACGUCUGGCGCUAGUGGAACUCCUCCACAAAGAGUUUAUGGCCCUCCGCGACUCCCUGGAAUUUAGCCAGCAGCAGGUGAUUUCUCUCGCCACCGAGAACGAGGCCCUGAAAGGAACGGUGCAGUCCCUGACGGAGGAUGUGGCUCAGCUAGCGGCCGAAAAUAAAAAAAUAAAAGAAGGUAUCAUCGAUCUGCAGGCCCGCAGCAUGAGGGACAACCUGGUGUUCUCGGGGAUUCCAGAACAGGCGGAGGAAAACACGGAAACCACAAUUAAAAACUUCAUUAAACAACAGAUGAAGAUUCCAGCGGAAGUUGUCGACAAGAUGGCGUUCCACCGUUCGCAUAGACUUGGAGGAAGACGACCGGAUGGCCAGCGUCCUCGACCCAUCGUUGCCAAGUUUCAUGACUUUAAGCAGAAGGAACUGGUUAAGAGCCGGGGCAGACAGCUGAAGGGAACCGACUACAGCGUCAACGACCAGUUCCCCAAGGAGAUCCUCGACCGCCGCCGCCGACUGUUCCCCAUCCGUAAGAGGUUCAUGGCAGAAGGCUGCAGGGCUGUCAUCAGCGUCGACAAACUGUACGUCAACGGAGAGCUCUACCGGGACCGGGAAGCAACUCCGUGGCUGUACUAGCAGGUGAACUGAGCGCGAUGAGGGUAAAUCCGGAUCUGGACUCCUUUCCCACCAUCAGCAGAAGAACCGAAGGAGAAGAAGCGCCGACCAACAACCAGAACAGGGUGGAAGCUCUGACACCACAGCAGCUGGAGGACACAGACCACAGCAUGGACGCCUCACAGACUCCCACAACGUCUGCAGCCAUCACGUUCUGGGCUCAUCAGAUGAACCAGCUACUACAAGCGUGUGUGUCUGACACAGACACCUGCUUAUGACAACCAGCAAAGGAAAACAAGCACAGAGCAACAGCAGAGAAGACGUGCUCUGACACAGACACUGGUUGAAACAACAGGAGAGGCUUCAGACGUGAUCGGCCCAAAAGAGCUGCAACCGAGGAUCCAGGAAAGGUCUGUCAUCGAGGAACAACUGUCCCAUUGAAAUGCUUCACCCGCUGGCGCUCACAUCAGACUGAUGGUUGGGGAAGGAGGAAGGUGACGGUUCCUUUUCACGUGACGUACAAGACGGUACCGCAAACACACACACACAUUCAUACACGCAAUGAAGAAACACGCUUACAGCUGAUACACGCUCAAAUUCAUGUUCAUGCUUAUCUGCUUGCAAUGAAGAAUCGCUUUUUGCUCAAAAAAAAAAAAAUCCCACAGAGUGAUUUUAAAAAUAUGACAAACAGCUAAAUGACAACUGCUGCAUGACUUUACAGUCUGAUGGGUUUAAACUAUUUCAAUUUGCAACAAAUUCAGUAAUAAAAUCCUCCAUGUUUCUAAAAAUACUUGUGCACAAUAUAGGUUUGUCUGGCCAGACUGUAGAAAAACAAAACAGACUGUAGAAAAAACAAAAAACAGACUAUAGGAAGACUGAAACCGACUGAAACAGACUAUUAAUGACUAUUAAAGGGAAGACGACUAUUAGAGAGAAGUAAUAAUAAUGACUGUACGUACCAGAUUAUUAAAGAAAAACUUAUUCUUUCACUGUCAUGUGCAACAUCUGACAGCAAGACACCUUAACAUUCAUUUUUGCUUUUAAACUUAUGCCCAGUUAAAUUUUUAGGAAGAGAUCUCAUGUGUAGUUUAGGUAUUUGAUUGAUUUCCACUCCAGACGGAGUGCAGGUUACAUCUACAGACAUUCUAAAUAAUCCCUCUUUUGUUGGUGUUAACUUCAGCUCAGCUGUGCUCUUAUCAUUGGCUGCUGAGGGGGGGCUGUAACUGAGGCCCUCACACAGGCUGCAUCACAGCUUGUUUAUGAUUUCACACACACACAAACUGACCUCAACUUCCCUCUUUUGGGAUGAACACAGGUCUGCGCUUGCGAUUUCUUUUACUAACGAACGAAAAAGAUUUUUGAUGUUUAUUCUACAGCUCCACACGUCCCUCUGUGAAAACAUGAUGGAGACAGAUGCAGGACGUGGGUCCUUUCGUGAACAGAUGUCAACGGGGUGGAGACUGGUGAACGACUUCUGACCCCAUGUGACGUAUUUACCUACUUUGCAUACUUUAGAAAACUUUUUUUUAUUCUGCCUGUCAUGUGCAGCAAACAGUGAACUGGGUACCUCCACAUUCUAAUGACACACAUUACACGCUUUUGUUUUUAUUUUCAUUUUUCAGAGGACGCUCUGACCCAACACUCAGCCUUACAGGAAGCCCUGCUUCCCUGUGGCUCACACACAGACAUGAUGUAGGUUUGAUCAGAGGAUGUGAACCAGUGGUCAUCACACCUAAAUCUGACCACAGACCAUGUAAACAACAACACCCUCUUAAAGGAAGCCAUAGAUGGCGUUACUGCAGACACCACUAAGAUACUGAAACAUUGGAUGCUACAGGCCACAAAGAAAGCCUGUCUAAAUUACACUUUGUUCAGACAAAGGUCAUUUUUCUGGGUCAUUGUAAUUACAGCUGAUGGCAAAUCCAUCUCACCCAACAGAGUUAAAGCAAUUUGAAACCUGCCUAAACCGUGCACGUAUAAACAGCUGAUGUUUUUUCUAGGUCUUCGUUCUUAUUGUAGGAACUUCAUUCCUAACUUUACUGUUUGAGGCCCCACUCAGGGUUCUGAUGCAGAUGUCUUCAUCGUCCACUUCUUGUCUCACGUGGACGUCUGAGGCUGAACAGGCGUUCACCGACCUCAAACUUGCUCUUCAGUCGGCUCCUACUUUGGGUCUACCUGACCCUAUGCGACCUUUCACCCAAACAGUGGAUGAGAAAUCAGGUUGUAUGACCUCUGUCCUUUUACAGGAUCACGGAGGACGUCCGCGCCCUGUAGCCUAUUUCUCUGCUAAGCUUGACCCAGUCGCUGCGGGGCUCCCGAUGCCUCCGAGCAGUGGCUGCGGCAGAGAAAGCCGUGCUGGCAUCACGUGACAUUGUUGGCUAUUCUGGUGUCACCCUGCUGGUUCCUCAUGCCGUGUCUUUGAUCCUUCUGGAACAAAAAAAACAUCACAUCUUUCUACAGCCCGAUGGCUUAGAUACAACACCAUCUUACUGGAAAUGCCAAACAUUACUGUCAAAAGGUGCAAUGUGCUUAAUCCAGCCACUUUGUUUCCAGGCCCUGACGAUGGCGAGCCUCACAACUGUGUUUCGGUGUUGAACCAGGUCUGCACUCCGCGCCCAGAUCUGUCGGAGGUGCCAAUUCCUAACUGUGACCUCGUUCUCUUUGUUGAUGGCUCCGCCUCUAGAGACCCUGCUUCGGGCCGCUGUCAGGUUGGAUAUGCAGUCUGCACCUCUCAUACUGUUUUACAGUCUGGCCCUUUGCCAGGACAUUACUCUGCUCAGGCUGCAGAGUUGAUCGCACUGACCGAAGCCUGUAAAUUGGCUGAAGGGAAGUCUGCUACUAUCUACACAGACUCCAGAUACGCUUUUGGCGUCACACAUGACUUUGGUGCUCUGUGGAAACACAGAAGGUUUUUGAAAUCUGAUGGCAAACCUAUCUUGCAUCAUGAUAAGGUUGCUGAUCUGCUCGACGCAAUUCUGUUACCAGCUGCAAUUGCUGUAUGUAAGUGCCCCGCACACACUGGGGGCACUGAUCCCAUCUCUGCUGGAAACACACGUGCUGAUGCUGCUGCGAAGGCAGCUGCUCGACAUUCCCUUCCCUUUGCUCCCUGCCUCUUAUCCUCCACCUCUACCCAACCUCCCUCUCCUCCCUCUGCUCUCCCUGAUCUUCAGACAUUCUCUACCCCACAGGAACGCAAGCUCUGGCUGACGAAUGGCGCCACCAGUAGCCAUGGCGUUUGGUAUGGGCCCGACGGCAAACCUUGCCUACCUAAACACUUUUUCCCCCAUUUCGCGAAGUUGACACAUGGAUUAGACCAUGUAUCAAAGGGGGGAAUGUUAGAUGCUCUUACAAAACAUUGGUACACUAAGGGAUUUUCAAUCUAUGCGCAAAAAUACUGUGAAGCAUGUAUGACAUGCGCCCAACACAACCCAGGUAAGACGACUGCCAAACCACUGGCAGCUCACCCACCACCGGAACAGGCGUUUGACCAUUUAAUGCUGGACUUCAUCGAACUAACGCCGGCAGGAGGUAAAAAGUAUUGUUUAGUGAUUGUUGAUAUGUGGUCAAAAUGGGUGGAGGCCUUCCCAGCUAAACAUGCUAACAGCCAUGCAGUUACCAAAGCCUUGCUGACAGAAAUAAUUCCCAGAUGGGGAAUUCCAUCUAAAAUCAGCAGUGACAACGGCUCACACUUCGCAAACCAAGCCCUCGAGGAAGUGGGAAAGUUUCUGAACAUCGACAUCAGAAAGCACUGCUCUUACCACCCUCAAAGCGGAGGGGCGGUAGAGAGAAAGAAUGGCACUUUGAAAAACAAACUGGCUAAAUGCUGCUCAGAGACUGGUCUCAAGUGGACUCAGGCUCUUCCCAUUGUGCUCUCAUACAUGAGAAUGAGGAGAAGGAUGAGAACAAACCUCAGCCCGUAUGAGAUCCUAUUUGGUAGACCUCCUAUGAUGGGACUCCACCCUGAGACCGAGACUAGGAUUUUACCACCUACUGAAAUGUGCGAAGACGCAAUGCUACAGUACUGUAAGAACUUAUCCUCUGUUCUGUCCCAAAUCUCCAAGCAGGUGAAAGCGGCUCUGCCCAAACAGGCGACAGAACCACUGCACAUCAUUCAACCAGGAGACUGGGUGAUCAUUAAGGAGCUUCGCAGGAAGCACUGGAACUCAAAGCGGUGGCAAGGUCCCUUCCAGGUCCUUCUGACGACCAACACGGCUGUGAAGAUCGCAGAAAGAGCGACUUGGAUCCACUCCAGCCACUGCAGGAAGGUCCCGGAUCCGACAGACGACCCUCCAUCUACAUCUACACCACACGAGAAACCACCACUGACGAAAAGAACUGAGAAGGUCGACCCUCGCUGUGCUCACACAUGCACUGAGGCGAGGCUGCGUUGACCGUUCAGCUAAAGGUGUGAGCCAAGCGCCGCCUGAAGCUGCGCCGGUGAAUCACACUAUCAGACCAUACAUCUACACACACGCUCCUGAGAAAACACACACACGAGCAGCCUUGAGUUGCCAACGCUGGACGACGUGUAGACUCUUCACAUCACGGGAGUGACAGUGACUCAGACGGCAUUGGGAGGAAACCUGGCGGUGAUAACAAAUCCCAAGUGUCUCUGUGAUCAGCUGAUCACAACCUGAAGAACCCCAACGAACUGUCAAUACUUCAACACACAGGUUGGAAACAAUCUAACGCUACUGUUCAAUAAGAAGAAGCAGAUUGUUACAGACAUCAAUUGUAACCUUGUUGUGUUAGACAUUUUAUGUUACUCUGAUUAUUGCCUUGAUCAUAUGAUGUUUCCAUGUAAGUUCGCACACUACUUUUGAAUGAGAAAAUUUCACAUAAUUUACAACACUGAGUUUAAAUAUCCUAAAGUUGACUUGGUGUUUAAUUUGCUCACAAUCACUUUAUUCACUGCUACAAUUAGUUUUAUCCUUCAUCUACAGAUGAAAGACAACACAAGCGGAAAAACGCAUCAUCAUUCUGGUUAAAUCCCUGAAUCUCGUAUUCGCUCUAGGCCCAAAUGUACAAUUAAAGAUCCGAAAGCAUGAAAUCUAUCUUAAGAUUAUAUGAAACAGAACCCCACCGGAAACGUAUGGCUAUCAUACAUUAAUUGUCUUUAUUACAUUACAAUUGAAUGGCCGUAGACACGUUGUUAGCAGAGAAAAGAGGCGUUUGUGUUAUGUUUGGAGACGCAUGUUGUACUUACAUCCUGAAUAACACUGAUUCUAAUGGUAUUGUGGCGAAGGCGCUCCACGGCCUUCAGAAUCUCAGCUAACUCUGGUAUAGGGUUUUUUUUCCCUUGGAAUUGGCUAGACGAAAUGUCUGGAAAAUGGAAAUCUGUUCUCAUGUCCGCAGCUGUUUCCCUUAUAAUUGAGAUGGCUGUGAUUCUCUUGUUUGGUUUUUGCGUUAUCACACUGGUUAGAGGUCUCAUCAUGCGUGCGACCCCAGCAACACUCUCGUAUCAAAUGACACAAUGCACUAUGUUCAAAAACCCCAACUCUAAUUCACUUAAUGACUUUGACGAUGGUCUUAGGCUAUCUGACCACGAAAUAUAAUCUGAUACGAAUAUGAUUAUGGGCUUAUUUUCUUCACAUGCCGAUACAGAAGUUAUUCUUGUAUAACUACCCACCAAAAACAGCUCCCAACCUUUUAUCCCUAAGUUACUUGCAUUUUAUGUGAAGGUGUAUUUUUGAAUUUUGACUUAAUACACUUAUUGUUUCAUUUGCAAGGAUCUUGUUUGAUUAAUGUGUAAUCAAAAGGGGGGAGUGUUAUGGCAAAAAUUGUCUCUUCCUUAUUUCUAUGUGUCUUCCUUACUUCUAUGCAGUUAUUAUAUGAUUUAUGACUUAUGUUCUGCAAUUAAUAUCUUAUGUUUUGUCUUACUGUAUGCAUUUGACAUUUCACCUAGAUUGUUCAAUGGUUGUCUCUGCCUGAUAGACUCUCAACUCUAGCUCCCAAACCCAAGGUCGGGGAGUUGUGUCUCUGUCUGUUGAGACUUGGUGCUCCUUUCUCACAGAUAGUUGGACGUCAGCAAUGCAGGUGUGAGAAUGUAAAUAUCUUCACACACACUGCGACAGGGAGGAGAUGGUGCAUGUAAUUUGAUUGGGUUAGAAAGACAUUCCACCCUAGUCGGACAGAGAAGCUAAAAGGCAGAAACAACUUUAGGAUCGUGGGCUCUUUGCAUCACACCUUCGUGGUGUGUGCACUGAUCUCCCCAGCUGGUUUUUGGUUUGUUGAUGUGCACGAUCAACAUCCAUGUUUUUAUUUGCUUUCCCCAUUAUUUUUAUUUUUUUAUCCUUUCUUUAUUAUUUUAAUAAAUCGCACAAAAGGACAA